AGCUGCAGAAACAAUACAUGUUAAGAAGCCCAAAAUAGCUAAGAAAAGAACAAUGAAAAUUAAUAAAGUCAUGAUCAACCCUCAAGAGAUCCAAGAUAAAUCAAAAGCAUCUGAGACGAAUAUCCAUCCUGGUACGAUACAUCAAAGAAAAUAUGUAAAAGUGAGGUCAAAAUCAAAUCCUUUCGAAAAGCCCCAAGUGAGGCCCAAAUCAGCCUUACUAGCUGUUGGAAAUAGUGUGCCAAUUAAUGAGUCUCCAAAGAAACCCAAGAAGGCAGGCAUACAGCCUAUUUUUAAAAAGUCUAAGUUUAGGGUAACUCCCAAAAAGGAAACUCCUAAACUUGCGACUACUCUAGCUAAGACUUCUUCUUCAAAAUUUGAGAAUUUCCAUAUUUUGAGAAUGAUGAAGCCUAAAAAGACAAUUUUCUCAAAAGUUGUACAAAGCCCAAUGAUCAUAAGACCUUCAAAUCGAAGAAUGAGGCAAUCAAAUAGUCAAAAGGCUGUUCAAAUUCAUAAUCCAAAUGGGAUACAGACUUCAGGGAUGCUUUUGACAUCAAAAUCAAUCCUUGUCUCAAAACCCCAAUACCUUCAUUACGAGAAAGUAAAGAGUGAGAGAAAGAAAAAAAAUAAGUCCAGGAAAAGUUCUUCCAACACAAACACUAUUAUGCCACCUAAGUUGAAAAACGAGCACCAAAAUCAGGACAUUUUCGGCGAAGAAUUUAGACAACCAAGGUCUAAAUAAUAGCUUAUUUCAGCAUUUCUUAAAAA